AGCCGAGCGCGCGGAAGUGGUGGAGGGAGCUGGACGCGGCCUCGGUCGGCGGACGCGGACGCCCGGGUCCGUGGUGGGCCGGGCAGCUGUUGGAGCCCGCAGCGAGCCGGGAGAGCGGUGUCCUCGGAGCCCGGGGGUGGCGAUGGCGUCCCCGCCGCGCGGCGCGCUCCGGGGCUGGGGCCCGGCGCUGGGCUGGGGGCUGGCGCUGUGCUGCCUGUGUGGCGCGGGCCCGUUGUGGGGCGGCCACCACGAGUGGAGAAAGCUCAUUUUGACUCAGCAUUGGCCUCCCACGGUGUGCAAGGAAGUUAGCGGCUGUCGAGACUCUCUGGAUUACUGGACGAUUCAUGGACUAUGGCCUGAUAAAGGGGAAGACUGUAAUCGAUCAUGGCACUUUAAUUUGGAUGAAAUUAAGGAUCUUUUGCGGGACAUGAAGACGUACUGGCCUGAUGUAAUUCAUCCAUCUUCUAACCGCAGCCAGUUCUGGAAGCACGAGUGGGAUAAGCAUGGCACCUGUGCCGCCCAGGUGGAUGCCCUCAACUCUGAGAAGAAGUACUUCGGGAAGAGCCUAGAUCUGUACAAACAGGUGGACCUCAACAGUGUACUCCUAAAAUUUGGAAUUAAGCCAUCUAUCAAUUACUAUAAUAUUUCAGAUUUUAAAGAUGCCCUUACCAGAUUCUAUGGCGUGGUACCUAAAAUCCAGUGCCUCCUGCCAGAAAAGGGGGAGCAGGUGCAAACCAUUGGACAGAUAGAGUUGUGCUUCACCAAGGAGGACUUGCACUUGCGGAACUGCACUGAGCCCGGGGGACGGCCGUCCGCGGAGAGGGACACGUGGCGGUCGGAGCGGGCUGCGACUCAGGAGAUGAUGUGUGAAGACGGCCCCAUCUUCUACCCCCGCCCCCCGCCAGGACCCGGCACGUGGCCCGUGUGGCUGGUGCUCUGGCGCUCAGUACCUCACCGCCGGCUUCCCACCCAGCCCGGCCCGCACAGCCGGUGCUCUGGCGCUCAGUACCUCACCGCCGGCUUCCCACCCAGCCCGGCCCGCGCGGCCCAGUGCUCUGGCGCUCAGUACCUCACCGCCGGCUUCCCACCCAGCCUGGCCGGUGCUCUGGCGCUCAGUACCUCACCGCCGGCUUCCCACCCACCCCGGCCCGCGCGGCUGGUGCUCUGGCGCUCAGUACCUCACUGCCGGCUUCCCACCCAGCCUGGCCCGCGCGGCUGGUGCUCUGGCGCUCAGUACCUCACUGCCGGCUUCCCACCCAGCCUGGCCCGUGUGGCUGGUGCUCUGGCGCUCAGUACCCUCACCGCCGGCUUCCCACCCAGCCCGGCCCGCGCGGCUGGUGCUCUGGCGCUCAGUACCUCACCACCGGCUUCCCACCCAGCCUGGCCAGUGCUCUGGCGCUCAGUACCUCACCGCCGGCUUCCCACCCAGCGCGGCCGGUGCUCUGGCGCUCAGUACCUCACCGCGGCUUCCCACCCAGCGCGGCCGGUGCUCUGGCGCUCAGUACCUCACCGCCGGCUUCCCACCCAGCGUGGCCCACGCGGCCGGUGCUCUGGCGCUCAGUACCUCACCGCCGGCUUCACCCUGCUGGGCUUCGCUCCGGUCUCCGUGAGCUGCCACGGUGCCCGGCACAGCCCUGUGAUGUGGGAGGUGCUUAGUAAAUGCUAG